GGGCUUCAGUGGUAUAUUGAGCAAAUGCCUGUAUCUUAUGAACAUCAGAUCACGGUGGAGAAGACGCCUGCUUAUAUUACAUCCAUGGCGUCACUUAACCGCAUACAUAAAUUUAACGCCUCCAUUAAACUGAUUGUCAUUGUGAGAGAUCCAGUAACAAAGCUACAAUCCGGAUAUAGCCGAAUACAAGUUCACAGCAAGCCUAAAACUUUUAAUCUUACUUUCGAAGAAUGGUUGAACCACAUUAAUUUAUUAUAUGUUAGUAAAAUUAACUAUCAUAUCUAUAUUAAGAAUGUUUACGAUAUAUUUUCAAGACACCAAGUUUUAGUGUUAUCUGAAGAAGACUUAGAGGAAGAUCCACUCUCUGUAAUGAAGGAGGUCGAACACUUUCUUGGACUACGACCGGCUUUUACAAAAGAACUCUUUGUGUUCAGCGCUGAAAAAGGUUUUUAUUGCUUUAACAAAACACACCCGAGGUACCAAGCAGUGGCACAGGUGCUCAACAUUAUAGACAGGGAGUCUGGUUGCCUAGGCAGCAACAAGGGGAGAGAACACCCUGAUAUCAGUGACAAGACUGUCAAGCUGAUUGUGAAACACGUGACACCAAUGAAUGAAGCUCUGUUUAAUCUCAUUGGUAAACGUUAUAAGUGGACAACUCUAGCUGACUUGAAGUAA